GAUAUUUGUCAAAGAUUAUUUCAAAGCUUUUAUCAGUUGUUUAGCUGUCACUGAGCAGUGGCGAAAGCGCUUUGGAGCGAUUUUUUCGCAACGCAUAAACUCACUCUUUGCUCUACCGCGAGUCUGUUGAAUUAUUGCGACUGCGAAUCUUCGCACAGUUGCUGUCGUCGUGUUCGGUGUCAAAGUAACAAACUGUUUUGACUCGGCGCACUGCCACAACAAGGGAAUUGAUGAUUACUUCAUUAUUUAGUGAUUUUGUAAAUUUUUACACAUAUACUUUAUGGCUUUAUUGAAAUAAUGGGCAAGAUUCAAAUGCAAAAAAGCAACGACGACGGUACAAAAUUGCUUUAUGAGAGUGCUUUGUUGAAGUGAACGCAAAAUAACAAAUAAAAAAUCGCGUUAACAAACAAACAAAGGCCAACGGGUACUCGAAGAAGUCGAAGAAGGUGACGAAGGCAACAACAACAGCAAACAUACAUACACAGUUGCAUGCAAAUGCAGAAUAUUGAAUUGCAGCUAAAUUUAUAAAAUCGCAAUUAGUGACUGUGCGCUAUCCAACGAAGAAGGCCACAAACACAAAAGUCACAAAUAAAUGUCUAAACAUUGAACAAAGUGUGUAAACGAGCCUCCCAAUUGGACACUUGAGUAGAGACAGUGAACCAUAUGCAAGCAAGCGAGCGAGCAGGAAACGGGAACAUAGCGCAUUGACAAACCACUGCGACAAGAUACUAAAAUAAAUGAGCAAAGCGAAUAUCACGAAUCGCCCUACCUACACCCACACACACAUACAAACAUAUAUAUUCAUUUAUUUAUUUUCUAACUUCAACAUAUGCUUUUGCGUUGAGUUUUUGUGAAACGCGCGAAUAAAUAUACGAUUAUUUUAUAACUUGCCGUAAAACAAGUUGGUUGUUGCGGGCUAAAAGCUGAACAAGAAGCGGAAAUACGCGCAAAACAAAAGACAUAAAAUAAACAAGAAAAACAACAUUGCACACCUGCGAACGACAUGCCAAAAUCACUAAAUAUUUUUAAGCCGCUGCGGUUGCUCCAAUACAGGCAGCUAUUCUUCGUCUUCGUGUUCUUCACUUUGUGUUGUGCUUCACUAACUUUGGCGGACUUGGAGCUGCCAACAACACUACCACAAAGCGGUGGGCAACGUGGACUUAACAAUCCGUUGCCAGUUGCUUUGAAGGGAAAAUUAAUAUUCUCGCAUGUGCUCUUCCGACACGGCGACCGCACGCCAAUUGAACCAUACCCAACAGAUCCGUGGAAGAAUCGCGAGUACUGGCCGGUCGGCUGGGGUGAACUCACAAAUACGGGGAAAAACCAGCACUAUCAGCUUGGUAAAUGGUUACGUCAACGCUAUAAUAYGCUAUUAAAUGAAACCUACUCGGAGAAUGAGAUUUAUGUGCGCUCAACCGAUGUCGAUCGCACGCUGGCGAGUGCGCUAUCAAAUUUGGCCGGACUGUAUCCGCCAAUAGGUGAUGAGGUUUGGAAUAAAGAUAUAGCUUGGCAACCGAUACCRGUGCAUUCCAAACCCGAGCGGGACGAUAAGGAGUUGGCUGGUAAAGUGUCUUGUCCCGCCUACGAUUAUGCGCGCUCAGCACUUUUAAAUUCGAUUACCUUCCAACAGCUAAAUCAACGCUAUMAAUAUUUAUUUGACUACUUAACCAAGUAUUCGGGUCGCAAAGUGGACACCUUGGAGGCUAUACAACGUAUGAAUAAUACAUUUUUCAUUGAGGCACUCUACAACCGUACGCUGCCCGAAUGGACCAAGAAGGUCUACCCCAGCGCCGAUAUGACAUACAUAGCGGAUUUCGCAUUUUCGAUUAACACGUAUACGCGCCGCAUGGCACGCUUAAAAGCCGGACCGCUGAUAAAAGAGAUGCUACAACGUUUUGGGGAGAAGGCGCGCGGUUCACUCAAGCCCGAUCGUGCGGUGUGGAUUUAUAGUGCACACGAUACAACCGUCGCGAACGUUUUGAACACACUCAAAUUAUACGAUAUGAAAAGCCCCGGUUAUACAGCUUGUUUACUAUUCGAAUUGCGCAUUGAUGAGCAGAAUCAACCUUUUGUGUCAAUAUUCUACAAAAACACAUCGGCUGAGCCCACACUACUGAGCAUACCCGAUUGUGGCGUGUCAUGUCCACUGGCAAAAAUGCACACAAUAUACAAAGAUAUUUUGCCAGUGGAUUGGGAGAAAGAAUGCAGACUGAGCACCAUGAUGAUGCCCUACGAUGAGGCUAAUAUCGGCUUGGCUAUGGCCAUACUGGGUUCAGUUAUCUGCUUUAUGCUAUUGCUCUCCUACACGUUCAUGCUGUACUAUCGCCGCCGCAGAUAUAGCGCCUAUUCGUAUGCGCAAAUGGCCUAAUUGUCAAUAAGUGAUAUAUCUACUUUUAGCGCUUUAGUUUUGCCCAACAACAUGCAACAACCAAUCGGCUUCAAAGUGUAUGAGCACAAAUUGUAAUGUUCCUCUGUGUAUCAAUAACCCUAAUACAUAUGUAUGCGAGUAUAAUAUGCAUUUGAUUUUAAUAUUUGACAAAUUUGAUAUUUAGCAAUUGAAUUGCAUUUGCAUUGUAUGUUAACUGUUAUAGUAUGUGUAUAUGUACGUAAAUUUAUSAAUUGUGAUUCGCAUUUCUAGGUGAUAGUUUUUGCUCUAAUAUCCAAUUAAUGCAUUUUCAAUUAAAUAAUUAAAUAAACUUGUACCUACCUUAAUACCUACACACACACACAUACACAACGUAUAUAAACUCAAUUAUUUGCCAGUCAUCGAUCAGUGCUUAAGUCAAAAAUUAUUAUUGGUGAUAUAUAUAUGUAACUGUCUACCAACAGUUCAUCCUAUAUUUUGUGUACAUACAUACAUAUAUAAAGUAAUACUCCUGUUAUUCCAUGCUGGUUAACUGUGAAAUGAGCAGACUGUCAUGCGUUAUACAUAAUUUACUCUUAAGGUGUUUUAGUUAGUUAGAAGGGUGCUCACUUAUCACUCACAUAUUUACUAAUGCAUACAAGUGUCAGACAUGAAAAUUAUUUCUAUGAUACAAAUUUAAAUAUUAUUUGAUUCGUUUUAUUAUAAUUAGUUCCACCGAAAUCCUGUGUAAUAGUCCUUUUAACGUUUUGUGUUUGUUUUUAAAAUUGUUUUUUUUUCCAUCCCAAUCUCAUGACAUACCCAGCCACAUUGUACGUAAAUAUAUAAGUGAUUUGCAUUAAAUAAAAAAGACUGUUGUUUAAUAGAAAAGAUGUUUGAAAAGAAA